GUGAUUUCAACGUUACAAAAUUUAUUAUGCUCUUUGCACGUGGAUUCACAAGAUUUUUUGUUCUUUAAUAACUUUUGAAUUGCAUAAAUUGAAGAAUUAAAAUGAGAGGCCAAAAUAUGUUCUUUCUAAAUUCUCCAAUUUAGCUUUCACCACCCACUUAUCUUUUUAAAACAAAAGAGUUUUAGCAUUUCAAAAUUUUUUUUGUUCUAUUCUGUGGUUUAGGUGUUUAUGUUGAGCUUUGAGUUCAGGCUACACCAUUUGAUUUAAUUUUUGAUUAGAAUUUUUUUUAUUAAUAAUAAUGAUUAGAAUAAUUUUUUAUUAGUUCGUAUAGCUAUCAAUUUGUUUUAUUAAUUUCAAUUAACAGUAAAACGACUCAUCAUGGCAGUAUCAGUCACUUCGAGGGCAAAAGACCCUUUUGAAUUAAUAUUGAUGGAAAAGCUACAACUCUUUACGAAGGCUGAAAUCAAGUAAGUAAUGUAAUCGGUAAUAUUUUACAUAUUUUUGUAGUAUUCAAUUCAACGCUUUGUUUUUGGGCGCUUCCAUAGCGGCGUUUCAAGAUGAGUAUUUAGAGCUUCCGUGGUUAGAGCACCUAACCUAUAAAUUCAUAAUGCCGCAUCUACAUGUUGGCCCGACGAAGGCCAAUGUCGACAGUGCCAGUGUUGGCCUUCGUUGACCUACGUUGGGUUACCAGGCUGGGCCAGAGACUGGGGCAAGCGGGCAACAUGUAGAUGCGGCAUUAGUUUCGAUGAUUCAAUGAAAUGUAGAUGCAAUGUAGUAGUCAACACUUUUAAUUCAUCUACAGCCAUAACGUUCAUACAACAUGAAUUUCCAAUGAGUCAUCGAUUCUAAUGAAUUUAUAGGUUAUGUGCUCUAGCUAAGGCGGCAGAGACGCCGCUAAGAAAUUGUACCUUAACAUAAAACACAUGCUUUCGUUUGUGUUGGUACAAUUCCUUAUGACUAGUCUACACUACCGCCAAGUAGCUGGUGAGCUUGGCCACGUUGGUCUUGCCAUCUACACUGCAAUGUGACCAUUUGUGAAUGAUCAGCUGGCCACUCGUCUUUGUGAGUGAUGGAAGCAAAGGCGAGUGCUGGCAAAUCACCUCUCCCCACUCUGGCGCUGGUCGUCAAGUUGUUUCAUUUUCAAACGUUGUUACAUUCUACUUGCCACCUGUCCUCUCAAGUUUGCUUCCAAACAAAAAUAAUUGACAAUGAAACACUUGGAUGUUGUGUAGAAAUAUCAUGAAAAUUGCUAAAUUACAUAAAUGUUUCAACAAAACAGUAUCUGAAGUCAAAAAUAUUUAAAUAUAUUCAAAGUCAAGUAUCUGAAAUCAAAUAUAUUCAAUGCAAACAUCAACCAUGUAAGUAUGAUCUCCACUUGGUACAGGACGUCUUGUACAACAGUACAGAAAUUAUAAGAUCAACCAACAACAAAAUUUCCAAGUUGAAAUGUUUUGAUGAGAUGGAGGCAGCAUGUUGUAUUGCCAUAGCUGCAGACCAGUUGAUGAAACUGUCUUUUUCAAUGAUUUCUUGUAGAUAUAUUUGAUAAUUUUUUGUUCAAUUUUUAUCAACAGGAAAAUUAAAUCAAAGAGAUCAGAGUUCAGCAACAAAAUCGCUCAUUGCGUGAAGAAGAAGAAACAUAUUUUGCAGUUUAUCGACUACGAGAUAACCUUGCUCUUCUUGGUUAGAACGAGGAAACAGCAAAAGGGCCUAUCAACAUCAUCAAGCAAAUCGCAUAUAGAAGUAUGUAUCGCUGUCCAUGUUACAGCAUUGUGCAAUCGAGCAAUACUAAGCUAUCCCAACGAUCUUGGAAUUUGGCUUUCCUACAUCAAAUUCUGCAGACAAAUUGCAGCCUAGUGCUGGUGCAUAUGUUGGCAGCUCACAGCGACAUUCCGAUCCUGUUCAAGUUGGCUGCAGAUUGGGAGCUGGACGACUGCAGGAACGUUGAAAAGGCGCGCAACCAUCUAAAGAAUGGACUGCAAAUCCACAAAAAAUGUGCUAUGCUCUAUCUCGACCUGUUCCGUGUCCAGUUGAUCUACAUCAAUAAAAAAAUCAUCGAGGAGCAUGGUAAUUGGCUGUUCACGUUCACCUAUCCAUUGCUAUCCUUGUCUGUUAUUGGAUCGGUCGAAUAAAAGCAUAGAGAAAAGAUAGUGUAAGUCAUGGUAUAGUGCGUUUAUGUUGCAAAUUCCGUUGUUAACUCAAGUCGAUAGUCCUAGUAGUUGAUUUUGAUGAAGUUAUGUUACGCUAGUAGUCUCAUAUUGUGCCGUUCUUACAUUCUCACCACCCCAACAACACAUUAAUAAUAGACAGUAGUCGGCAGUUAACGGCUUGAGUUAACAAAAAUCGGCUCGGAAUUUGCAACAUAAAUUACCUAUACCAUGGGAUAUCUUCUUAUGCUAUAUUUUCUCUAUGAUAGAAGCUAGCAAAUGCUAAUUCCAAGUUUUUUUCAAGACUCGGUUGAAUAAAGUUGUUGAGAGUCUGCGCAAACCUUAGAUUCCAGCGUUGUUCAUAUGGAGUACAGUGCUGCCAGAUUUCAUAGAAUCCAGAGAGCCUGUGAGCUAAUUGUGUGAGAGAAAGAGCGAAAAAAUAAUAGACCUUAAUAGAAUCUUCAUAAAAACGGCAACAGUGUGCUGCUAUAUUAUUGGUAUGUACUGUAUAGUACAGUACUAUUGGUCCAGGCAAUGAAUGCUCAAAAGAGGGUAUAGAGGGAAAAGUUUUGAAGACAAUUUUUGACCUCACAGCUCUGUUUAAGGUAGUAAGGAGGUAAACAUAUCAAAAGUCCCCACCCCUAACCCUUGUGCCAAGGGGGUGGCGGUGGUUCAAAGGUACCAUUAUUUGAUUUCUCGCAUAUAACACGAAAACUGUGUAUCUUACGGACAUAACUGAUAUAUAACCUACAAAAUUAAAGCUUACACAAUUUUCUACACUAUUCUUCUUACAACUUUUUUUUAUAUCUUUUCUAGUUUUCGAGAUAUCCGCUCUUGAAGGUGUGACAUUUUUGACAAAAAAAACUCGUUUGCUUCCAACUUUUUUCUAUUUAUGCUCUUAUAACUAUUUAAACAUCGAUGGGAAAAAUCCAUGCUGAUUAUGAGCUUAUAGAGCAUUAAAUUCUCUUCAAUUUGAUGUAUAAUUUCUCACUUUUACGCAUUUCCCUACAACUGUUGC